ACCUUGAAUAUGCAUGUAGUGUGGCUAAAAGUAGAGAGGUAGUUUUCUCUGUAAGAGAGUUGAAACCUUACCUAGAAUUCUAGCAAGUUAGUUCUACAGUCAUAUCAAAGGGAAACAAAGAGUGUGUGUGGAAAGGGGAAUCAUGGAGAAAUUAUAUGGUCUGAGUCAUCUCUUCAUGACAGUGUUUCUUCACAACUUCGCCAUAUUCAUGGUGGUGCCAGCCAUUACUGAUGUAACUAUGGCUGCUCUUUGUCCUGGACAAGAUGAAUGCUCACUUGCCAUCUACCUCACUGGUUUUCAACAAGCGAUGAUUGGAGUGGGCACGCUCGUGAUGAUGCCAUUGUUAGGUAAUAUGUCCGAUAAGUAUGGGAGGAAGGCCAUGCUCACAGUUCCUAUGAUCCUCACGAUCAUUCCCACAGGCAUAUUAGCUUACAACAGGACCAAAAAAUUCUUCUAUGUGUACUAUGUGUUCAAAAUACUCAUUUCAAUGGUUUGCGAAGGAAGCGUCCCUUGCCUCGCUCUAGCUUAUGUGGCAGAUAACAUUCCAGAAAGUGGAAGAAGCACUGCAUUCGGCAUUAUUUCAGGGAUAGGAUCUGCCGCGUUCGUGUGUGCCACUUUAUCAGCUCGAUUCUUAUCCACUGCCCAAACUUUUCAGGUUUCUACUCUUAUUGCUGUGAUUGGAGCAGUGUACAUGAAAUUUUUUCUUCAAGAUUCAGUCAUUGAUGACAAACACCUUUACACCCCAAUCAUUUCACAACAAAACCCCACAGUUUCUAAGGUCGAUGCAAAAUUGGAAAGUAACAAGCAUCUUCUUAAAGCAUUGCGUUCAUUCAAGGACCUAACCUCCUUCCUCGGUAGCAGCUUCACUAUUACACAAGCAGCAAUUGUUGCAUUCUUUAGUAACCUUGCUGAUGUUGGCCUUCAUGGAUCAAUGCUGUAUUUCUUAAAGGCUCAAUUUCAUUUUGAUAAGAAUCAAUUUGCUGACUUGAUGGUUAUUUCUGGAAUUUCAGGGACUGUGUCACAGCUUCUUGUUAUGCCGAUUUUGGCUCCUAUUCUGGGCGAGGCAAGGCUACUUUCAAUAGGAUUAUUCUUUCAUUGUGUACACAUGUUCCUUUACAGCAUAGCAUGGUCCUCCUUGGUUCCUUACGCUUCUGCCAUGUUCUCAAUUUUAUUUGUUUUCUCACAACCUUGUAUACGAAGUAUUGUGUCUAAACAAGUUGGUCCCCAUGAGCAGGGAAAGGCUCAAGGUUGCAUCUCUGGCAUAUGUUCAGUUGCACAUAUAGUUUCUCCCUUAGUUUUCUCUCCAUUAACAGCUCUCUUCCUUUCUGAAAAGGCACCUUUCGAUUUUCCCGGAUUUAGUAUAAUGUGCAUUGGGUUUGCUUCGAUGGUAUCUUUUGUUCAAAGUAUGAUGCUUCGAGUGGUUCCUCCCAUUUUGAAUUAGGCAAAUAGAAAUCAGAAGGAUUUUUUUUUUUUUUUUAACUAUAGCCAACAUUUGUGGUCUACAAGAGUUUUGUCUUUAGUGACGCUUUUGGGAAACAAUAUGUUAUAUAAGUUGUUUCCAAAAAUGGACAUUUGAUAGUUUGCACUAUUUCGAUACUGUGCCAACUAUAUAGUUUCA